GCUGGGCUUAGCGGACUCCACGGGCCACGCUGGCUGCGAAUGGAGCCGAGGACUCGCACGGAGGCGAGAUGCUACCAGCCGGCGAGAUUGGCGCCUCUCCUGCAGUCCCGUGCUGCUCUGAAAGUGGUGAUGAAGGGAAGAACCUCGAGGAGAAAAGUGACAUAAAUGUUGCAGUUCUUACUGGAAAUAAACAAGUCAGUGAAGGUACAGAUAAUGGUGAUCUCGCUUCUUAUGUGUCUGCGUUCAUAGAAAAGGAAGUUGGAAAUGACCUUAAAUCUUUAAAGAAACUUGAUAAACUCAUAGAACAGAUGACAGAAAGUAAAAUGCAGUUAGAAGAACAGGUACUUACAAUUUCAUCAGAAAUCCCUAAAAGAAUUCAAAGUGCCUUAAAAAAUGCAGAAGAAUCAAAGCAAUUUCUUAAUCAGUUUCUGGAGCAGGAAACUCAUCUCUUCAGUGCCAUUAACAGCCAUUUGCUGACUGCACAGCCUUUGAUGGACGAUCUUGGAGCCAUGAUUAGCCAGAUUGAAGAGAUCGAACGUCAUCUUGCUUACCUUAAAUGGAUUUCACAAAUUGAAGAACUAAGUGAUAAUAUUCAGCAAUAUCUGAUGACCAAUAAUGUACCAGAGGCAGCCUCCACUCUAGUGUCUAUGGCAGAACUUGACAUCAAACUUCAGGAAUCAUCCUGUACUCAUCUUCUUGGUUUCAUGAGAGCCACAGUUAAAUUCUGGCAUAAAAUUCUCAAGGACAAACUUACAAGUGAUUUUGAGGAAAUUUUAGCACAGCUCCAUUGGCCAUUCAUUGCACCCCCUCAAUCACAAACUGUUGGCUUAAGUCGACCUGCCAGUGCCCCGGAGACAUACAGUUACCUGGAGACACUGUUUUGUCAGCUUUUGAAACUACAAACCUCAGAUGAAUUACUUACUGAGCCAAAACAACUCCCAGAAAAAUACUCUCUACCUGCAUCCCCUUCUGUCAUCCUGCCCAUCCAGAUUAUGCUAACUCCUCUUCAGAAGAGGUUCAGGUAUCACUUCAGAGGGAACCGGCAGACUAAUGUGUUAAGCAAGCCAGAAUGGUACUUGGCUCAAAUACUUAUGUGGAUUGGAAACCAUACUCAAUUUCUGGAUGAGAAGAUUCAGCCAAUAUUAGACAAAGUAGGCUGUUUGGUAAAUGCAAGGCUUGAAUUUUCCCGGGGCCUUAUGAUGCUGGUUCUUGAGAAGUUAGCCACUGAUAUUCCUUGUCUGCUAUAUGAUGAUAAUCUCUUCUGUCAUUUGGUGGAUGAAGUACUCCUGUUUGAAAGGGAGCUACACAGUGUUCACGGCUAUCCUGGCACUUUUGUUAGUUGUAUGCAUAUUCUUUCAGAGGAAACCUGUUUUCAGAGAUGGUUGACAGUGGAGAGAAAAUUUGCUCUUCAAAAAAUGGACUCAAUGCUUUCAUCAGAAGCUGCCUGGGUAUCGCAAUAUAAAGAUAUCACUGAUGUGGAUGAAAUGAAAGUUCCAGAUUGUGCAGAAACUUUUAUGACUCUACUCUUGGUUAUAACUGACAGGUAUAAAAAUCUUCCCACAGCUUCCCGAAAGCUGCAGUUCCUGGAGUUACAGAAGGACUUAGUAGAUGAUUUUAGGAUACGACUGACACAGGUGAUGAAAGAAGAGACUAGAGCUUCCCUUGGCUUUCGAUACUGUGCAAUUCUUAAUGCUGUGAACUACAUCUCAACAGUACUAGCAGAUUGGGCUGACAAUGUUUUCUUUCUACAACUUCAACAGGCUGCACUGGAGGUGUUUGCAGAGAAUAAUACUCUGAGUAAAUUGCAGCUGGGACAACUAGCCUCUAUGGAGAGCUCUGUCUUUGAUGACAUGAUUAACCUCUUAGAGCGUUUAAAGCAUGAUAUGUUGACCCGUCAAGUAGACCACGUGUUUAGAGAUGUUAAAGAUGCUGCCAAAUUGUAUAAAAAGGAAAGGUAUGUCCUCUGCCUGAGUCAGCUCAACACCAGUUUGGUAAAAGUUAAAGAUGGUACAUGUGGUCAGAUUUCCAAGGUGUCUAGAAAGAACCUGAUUUGGCCUUAUGUACUUUAAACUUUAUUGCUGGUAAAAAUAGUUCUAAAAUAUGUUGUCUUGGACUUUUAUUUUUGAGACUGUCCUAUUCUGUCACCCAGGGUAGAGUGCAAUUGUGCAGUCUCGGCUUA